CAGAGAGAUCACAAGUAGAUGUAGGGUUUGGUAUUAACAACCUCAAUCUCUCUUCUUUUAUAAAAUUAAAUAUACUAAUUUUAGUCUAUCUGGUAUACCUAUUUAACUUGAAGUAGCAAAGCAUGGCUGCUAAAGAAACUCAACUCUACACAAAGAUCUCUAAGAAGUUUAAGGACCAAAUGACCUUCCCUUUUUUGGAAGCACUUCUGGCUAUGGGGUUCCCAGCACAUACUGCACAAAAAGCAUUGGCAGCCACAGGAAGAAGGACAAUAGAAGAGGCAUCAGAAUGGUUGCAUUUUCAUUACAAUGAUCCUUCUUUAGAUGAUCCAAUCCCUCAAGAAUAUGCCCUCUACCUGUGCCCCACUGGACCUCUAUUAGAAAACCUACAGGAAUUUUGGAGAGAAAGCAAACGUCAGUGUGGCAAAAAUAGAGCACAUGAAAUUUUCCCCCAUGUGACACUCUGUGACUUCUUCACGUGUGAAGACCAGAAAGUGGAAUAUCUCUAUGAGGCCCUGAAGAGAGCUGGUGACAAGAUUUUGAAUUCCUUCCCUUCUACUAUCCCUUUAAAUCUCCAUUCUUCUAUCAGUUACCUUGGAUUCUUCAUUAGUGAUAGUUCUGCAGAUGUUAUUCGAGAAUUUGCCAUGAGUUUUGCAACGGAAGCAUCUAUAUUGGCAGAUUGCACUGUAAAGCCAUGUACUAAACAACUCCAUCUUACUCUUGCUCAUAAAUUUUAUCCCCAUCAUCAAAAGACUCUGGAACAAUUGGCAAAAUCCAUUGAUCAAAUAUACAAUUGUCAAUGGACUGCAGCUCUGUAUUCUAGGGAUAUGCGCUUUGUGCAUUACCAGACACUGAGAGCACUAUUCCAGUAUAAGCCUCAAAACAUGGAUGAGUUGAUGCUUACUGCAGGUGAAUACAUCUUUGUUGAUCGAACCCAACAAGCUGAAGCCAGUGAAGGUUGGGUUAUUGGGAUCUCCCACCGAACAGGCUGCAGGGGCUUUGUGCCUGAGAAUUACACAGAGAGAGCCAAUGAGUCUGAUACUUGGGUUAAACACAGAACUUAUACAUUUAGUCUUGCCUUUGGACUGGACUCCAAGGAAAGUGACCACAAUACUACAAUGAACUAUAAAUCCCAUCAUUCAUUAAUGACUACAAAGGCAAGCAAAAUACAAACUUUUCAGGCACUGACACAUAGGAGAAGUCUUUUGGUGGUACGUCAUGGGGAAAGAGUAGAUCAAAUUUUUGGAAAGGCUUGGUUGCAGCAAUGUUCAACUGUAGAUGGAAAAUACUAUAGACCAGAUAUGAACUUCCCUUCUAAUCUUCCAGAAAGGAAGAAAGGACUCAAAAAUUUUGAAAAUGAUCCACCUUUAUCCUCUUGUGGUAUUUUCCAGUCCAGACUUACAGGAGAAGCUCUAUUAGAUAGUGGCAUCAAAAUUAGCUAUAUGUACUGUUCACCAGCACUGCGAUGUAUACAGACAGCAAAACACAUCCUAGAAGAACUCAAACAGGAGAAAUCAUUGAAAAUAAGAGUGGAACCUGGACUCUUUGAAUGGACCAAGUGGGAAAUAGGUGAAACAAUACCUUCCCUCAUGACACUGACUGAACUAACCAAAGCAAAUUAUAAUGUUGAUGUUGAUUACAGAUCUGAAUUCCCACUUUCCUCCCUGAUGCCAUCAGAAAGUUAUGAUGAUUAUGUAAAAAGGUGUUCUAUGACUGUGAAGCAAAUUGUUGCUGCUUGCCCAGGUGGUAUAAUUUCAAUUGUAAGCCAUGGCUCAGCUCUGGACUCCUGCACUCGACCUUUACUUGACCUCCCACCCAGAGACAUCAGUGAUUUUGCCCAACUAGUCAGAAAGAUCCCUUCACUUGGCAUGUGUUUCUGUGAAGAAGUGGAAGAGAAUAAAUGGCAGCUGAACAACCCACCAGUUAAAACACUAACCCAUGGGUCAAAUUCAGCAUUUAACUGGAGAAAGUGGAUACAGGAUUGUUAAAAGCUUUCCAUUAUUAAUGUAAUGAAAUGUAAUAAAUAAGAAAUAUUUCCUUGUGACAGCACCUUAUGGAACUACAAAAUAUUAUGAUUGUGAAGUUUUCUUUUUUGUUCUCUUGGCAUGAAUUUAUAAUUAAAAUUUACAUUUUUAGAUUG